CUUUUCAACCGGAAGUACUAUGAGGCAGAAACCGCUGGCGCUGAUUUUGAAAAGGGUUUAUAAUAAAUAACUUUGUUUACAACGGUUUUUGCCUUAUAUGAAAUUUUUCACCCGUACAAUAUCGGACAAUGAUUUAAAGAUGCAGCAUUAUUAUUUGAAAUGAGAAGAAGUCAAGCUCCCAGUCAGAGGUGUUUGAUACCAGUUUCAUCUCAGAGAAAUAUACAAGAACAAAUUAAACCAUUGGUAAAGAGAGCUCGCUAUGAUGAUGAUUGUGGAAAUGAUGAACGACCACCAUUAUCAACGAUCACCAACAUGCCUUUGGUCAAAUACCCAGAUGCAAAGGAUCAUGAGGAGUUCAUUAGAAAGAUACUGUCCAAGCCAUUCAAGAUUCCAAUACCAAAUUACAAAGGACCGCUUGCUGGUAGAGCACUUGGGAUCCGUCGUCAAGGCUCCCGACAGCCCCUGCACGAUCCAAAUGAAGAAGAUGCAUUGAUUCUGUACUCUCCUCCAGAGUUAUCUGCCCAUGAACAGCUCAAGGCUGAUAUAGAUAAACAGCCAGUACAUGUGGUGGUGGAUCCUGUUGUAUCAAAAGUCCUGAGGCCUCAUCAAAGAGAGGGAGUAAAGUUUAUGUAUGACUGUGUCACAGGCCAGAGGAUCCCUGAGAACUAUGGCUGCAUUAUGGCUGAUGAAAUGGGACUAGGCAAGACCCUCCAAUGUAUAUCUCUGAUGUGGACACUCCUGAGACAGAGCCCCGAUUGUUGUCCACUCAUUGAUAAAGUAGUGGUGGUCACUCCCAGUAGUCUGGUCAGGAAUUGGUCCAAUGAAGUUCAGAAAUGGUUGAGUGGAAAAAUUAACUGUCUAGCCAUUGAUUCUGGAAUGAAAAGUGAAAUUGAUAGACAACUUCACCAAUUUAUGCAGCUUCGGGGAAGGAGAAACCCAUAUCCAAUUCUGAUCAUUUCCUAUGAGACUUUUCGUCUCCACAGUGCAGUAAUGCAUAAAGGGAAUGUUGGUCUAGUCAUUUGUGACGAGGGUCACAGACUGAAAAAUUCCGAGAAUCAGACUUACCAGGCCCUGAAUGGGCUGAAAGCCAGGAGGAGGGUUUUGUUGUCAGGGACCCCCAUACAGAAUGAUCUUCUGGAAUACUUUAGUCUUGUUCACUUUGUCAAUGGAGGAAUUCUUGGCACUGCCCAGGAGUUUAAGAAGCGAUUUGAGACCCCAAUCCUGCGGGGCAGAGAUGCUGAUGCCAGUAAUGAUGACCACAAAAAGGGCCAAUUAAAGUUACAGGAAUUGGCGGAAAUUGUGAACAAAUGUAUUAUUCGAAGGACACAAGCACUCCUGACCAGAUACCUACCAGUCAAAGUUGAACAGGUGGUUUGUUGCCGCCUGACACAGAUGCAGUCUGAGUUAUAUAAACUCUUGGUGAAAUCCAAAGUCUUUGAAGUGGAGCAUGAAGAAAAAACAUCAGCCAGCACUCUCUCCUUCAUCACACAGCUGAAAAAGCUUUGUAAUCACCCAGAUCUCAUUUUUGACAAAAGUCGGGAAAAUGCCCCAGGCUUUGAAGGAACAAUGGAUCUUUUCCCUCCAAACCACACAACUAAGAUUGUGAGACCGGAGCUGUCAGGUAAAGUGCUGGUCCUUGACCGUUUACUGGCCCUGAUCAAAGCUCAGACCAGUGACAAAGUAGUUCUUGUGUCUAACUACACACAAACUCUGGAUUUGUUUGAAACCCUUUGUCAUCAGAGAAGGUAUUUGUAUGUUCGACUUGAUGGAUCAAUGACAAUAAAGAAAAGAGCAAAGGUUGUGGAAAGGUUCAAUAAUCCAUCUUCACCAGAGUUCAUAUUCAUGUUGAGUAGCAAAGCUGGGGGGUGUGGCUUGAAUCUGAUUGGAGCCAAUCGUCUGGUGAUGUUUGAUCCUGACUGGAAUCCAGCCAAUGAUGAACAAGCUAUGGCCAGAUGUUGGAGAGACGGACAGAAGAAGCAGUGCUACAUCUACAGACUAAUUGCUACGGGAACAAUAGAGGAGAAGAUUUUCCAGCGUCAGACACACAAGAAAGCACUAAGCAGCUGUGUAGUUGAUAAAGAGGAGGAUGUGGAGAGGCACUUCAGUAGAGAACAGCUGCGAGACUUGUUCCGCCUGAAGGAGGACACCAACAGCGAUACACAUGACAAAUUUAAAUGCAAGAGGUGUGUCAAUAACAUUCAAGUACGACCCCCUCCAGAGGGCAGCGAUACAAAUUCGAACUUGUCUCAGUGGCAUCAUGCAUCUGAUAAAAGGGGGUUGGUGGAUGUUGUUCUAAAGGGGGCAUGGGAUGAAACAAUAUCGUUCACAUUUCACCAUAAGUCACAUGAGGAACAGAGACAGACUGUGUGAUCAGGGAUGGUGUUCCUUACUUUAAAAUGAAAUCCUACCAUAAUAGGAGCAUGAGUGAAAUACAAAUGUAGAUGUCAUUUGGAAAAGCAUCGCUGCAUUGGCUCAUCAUGAACUUUGUAAUGGAUUCUUCAUUAGAAGAAAGUUCAUUUUAUGUAGAGUGGAUUGCAGUGAAAGUUUUAUAACCAUGAAGUACUCCCUAAAUUUAGUACUGAGAUUAAGCACUGGUGGAGUUGAACAAAUAAAGAGAUGGACUGAUCGGGAAAUGUAAAAACACAAUGUGAAUAUUGAAAGGAACUACUAGUGGCCAUUUUAAAUGAUUGUACACUGUACAUGUGGUACUUUUAAAUGUUAGUUUCAGCCCAUGGUGUCCGAUAAAUGAACUCCUAGAUUUCUAAGUUGAAUUAAAAUGUAACAAGAUGCUUGGCAGUACUAGAAAAAAAUUAAUUCCGUCAACAAAGAAGUCUGUGUUCUCUCUUUGGUUUUUUAUUAGCUCACCUGAGCUAAAAGCUCAAGUGCUUUUCUGAUCACCCAUAGUCCGGCAUCCAUCCGUCUGUAAACUUUUAACAUUUUUGACUUCUUCUCAAAAACCACUGGGCCAAUUUCAACCAAAGUUGGUACAAAGCAUCCUUAGGUAAAGGGAAAUCUAAAUUGUUAAAAUGAAGGGCCAGGCCACCUUCCAAGGGGAGAUAAUCAAGAAAAGGUAAAAAUAGAGUAGGGUCAUUAAAAAAUCUUCUUCUCAAGAACCACUGGGCCAGAAAAGAUGAAAUUUAUAGAUAAGCUUUAUUAGGUAGUGCAGAUUCUAAAUUGCUAAAAUCAUGACCCCCGGGGGUUGGAUGGGGCCACAAUAGGGGAUCAAAGUUUUACAUACAAAUAUAUAGGAAAAAUCUUUUAUUUAUAUGAAAGCUUCCUGAUAUAGUACAGAUUCAAGUUAGUUUAAAAAAUGAUGACCCCGGGGGUCGGAUUGGGCCACAAUAGGGGAUCAAAGUUUUACAUACAAAUAUAUAAGAAAAAUCUUUUAUUUAUAUGAAAGCUUCCUGAUAUAUUACAGAUUCAAGUUAGUUUAAAAAAUGAUGACCCCGGGGGUCGGAUUGGGCCACAAUAGGGGAUCAAAGUUUUACAUGCAAAUAUAUAGAGAAAAUCUUUAAAAAUCUUCUCAAGAACCACUGAGCCUUUACAUGAAAGCUUUCUGAUAUAAUGCAGAUUCAAGUUUUUUAAAAUCCUGGUCCCCGGGGGUUGGAUAGGACCACAAUGGGGGAUCAAAGUUUUACAUACAAAUAUAUAGGGAAAAUCUUUAAAAAUCUUCUCAAGAACCACUAAGCCAGAAAAGCUGAUAUUUACAUGAAAGCUUUCUGACAUAAUGCAGAUUCAGUUUUGUUAAAAUCCUGGCCCCUGGGGGUCGGAUGGGGCCACAAAAAAAUGACAAAUAUCAAUUCGUGGUGUGUGUUAUUUGUUUAUGUAAUAUAUGUCUCUUGAUAAAGAUGCGGGUUGCGUUGAAAAUUGUU